AUGUUUCCCAAAAUCUUUGUCGUCACCGUGUGCCUUUUCGGAUUAGCUCGCGCUGGAGCUCUUCAUGGUGGAGUUUCGAAUUACGGCGGUUAUAGUUCCCAGAAUGGCGGACACGGUGGAAAUGGCGGAUACUCAAGUGGAUACGGUGGAUCUUCCGGUGCUCUUGGAGGUUACAGUGGCGCUUUAAAUAAUUACAAUAGCCUUAGCCACGGAUACAGCAGUGGUGGUUACAACAAUGGUGGUUACAACAAUGGUGGUGAUAACAAUGGUGGUUACAGCAAUGGUGGUUACAACAACGGUGGUUACAGCAAUGGUGGUAACAACAACGGUGGUUUCAGCAAUGGUGGUUACAACAACGGUGGUUACAGCAAUGGUGGUUAUCACAACGCUGGCUACAAUGGUGGUUAUAACAAUGCCGGCUCCAGCAAUGGUGGUUAUAACAAUGCUGGCUCCAGCAAUGGUGGAUACAAUAACGGAUGGUGA